AUGACUUUUGGAAAUUCUGAGACGCUUUAUGUUCCCAUAGGUUCCUGUAAGGAUUCUUUCCUGUCAAUUUUAAGAUGGCUCAAGAACAAAACCCUUCACUGCUCUUGGGAUGCUUUGUAUUGUGAAGAAGAACAUUGGGAGGAAGUGAGAGAGAACGAUUUUGAGGAAGAAGAAGAAGAGAGCUACUAUAGUGACUGUAUAAGCCCCAAAUCUCCAUUGUUGCAAGAACAUGAUUUGUUGUGGGAAGAGGAAGAGUUGUCUUCUUUGUUCUCAAAAGAACAGAAAAAUCCUCUAUAUAAUAGCUUUCAAACCGAUCCAUCAUUGGCUGAGGCUCACUGGAAAAGAAUCCAUGGAAGUCGUCACCAAAAGAACAGUGGAAGUCGAAGACCAUGA